AUGUCGCCCCGAACGAUCGUGGCUCUCGUGGGCUUGCUCCUGGUGGGAGCGCAGGGCGGCGAGGUGUACGGCGCUCGUCUACCAAAGCAGGGAGGCAGGAACGGGGACCCUCAAACGAGCGAAGACAUUUCCGCCAGCUCGCGCAAGCUGCUUCAGAACGCAGGCUCGUGCGCCCCCGAUGGCAUCACCCCCAACGGGACUCUCUGCUCUUACGCCGACGGCCAGCUUCAAUUCUGCUGCGGCGUCCCGAACUUCGUCUGCCCUAUGGUCGCGACUCUCGACGCGUUAAGGAAUGGCACCUGUCAAAUAUUUGUGGGCGUCCCGACCACCGGUACCCCGGUCCCUACCGCGAUCCCCAUCGCUACUGUUGCCCCGGUCUCUACCGCUUCCGUUGCCCCGGUCUCUAUCCAGACCGCUGUCGCACCCGGCCCGACUUCCCCGGGCCCCUUGGCGGGGCCCAGCGCGGCGCCGGGUUUCGCGGGCGCCCCCUUCCCCGGCGCACCUACAGCCGAUGACUGGAAUGGGGUGCGCUGCAGCGGAGCCGGACCUGGUUCCGCACCGGAAAGGUCGCGAGCCGGCGGAACGGAUCUGCUGACGCUCACGCGCAACGCGGCCGUGGCGGACGAGGCCCGCAGCUAA